GCUUGCCUCGCCCGCACGGUGCCUUGAACAUGGCAGGCGCGCAGAGGCGGCCUUGAGGAGCUGCGCCUGACGCCUCCUGGGUUGUUUGUACUGAGGUCAUCAUGAGAAAUCUAAAAUUAUUGAGGACACGGGAAUGCCAGCUUGGCCAGGCUCUUGGAACUCCACAGGGUUUCUCCCUUCGCGUGGACCGUGGGACGUUAUUAAUCGGCUUAGAGCACGGAAUUGCUGAACUGGAUCCUGUCACGCAGGAGGUCACAAAUGAAAUUUCUCUGACAGCAGAGGGGUUUCUGCCAGAAGAUGGAAGUGGACACAUUGUGGGCAUUGAGGAUUUACCUGACCAAGAAUCUGUCUGUGUGGCUACAGCCACGGGAGAUGUUAUCCUCUGCCACCUGAACACAAACCAGCUGGAGUGUGUUGGGAGCGUGGACAGCGGCCUAACAGCGAUGAGCUGGAGUCCAGACCAAGAGCUUGUUCUCUUGGUGACAGGUCAGCAAACGCUCAUCCUGAUGACGAGGGACUUUGAGCCCAUUAUGGAAAGUCAGCUCCACCAAGAUGACUUUGGAGAAGGGAAGUUUAUUACUGUUGGUUGGGGCAAAAAGGAGACACAGUUCCAUGGAUCGGCAGGCAAGCAGGCUGCUCAUGCAAAGCCAAUGGAAGUCCCACCUGCUUUGUCAUGGGAUGAUCACAGACCUCGCAUCACCUGGAGAGGAGAUGGACAGUAUUUUGCAGUGAGCGCUGUUUGCCCAGAGACAGGGGCUCGGAAAGUCCGAGUGUGGAGCCGAGAAUUCGUGUUGCAGUCUACAAGUGAGCCUGUCCCUGGACUAGAACAAGCGCUUGCCUGGAAGCCCUCUGGGAGCUUGAUCGCAUCCUCACAAGAAAAAGCCAACAAGCAUGAUGUGGUAUUCUUUGAAAAAAACGGACUCCUCCACGGUGAAUUCACGCUUCCCUUUCAGAAAGGCCAAGUCAAGGUGAACGAGCUACUGUGGAAUUCAGACUCAAUGGUAUUAGCUGUAUGGCUGGAAGAGUUGAAAAAUGAGACUAGCUCACACCCAAAAACAUACGUUCAACUGUGGACCACAGGAAACUAUCAUUGGUACCUGAAGCAAAGCCUGCAUUUUGGUAGCUCAGAGGACAGCAGGGUCGUAUCCCUGGCAUGGGAUCCAGAAAUUCCCUAUCGGCUUCACGUCCUUUGUCGCCAGUGGCUGUACUUCUGCUAUGACUGGCAGUGGAGUACAGACCGCAGCACUGGGGAGGGGGCCGAUGACUCGGCGGUGGUGGCAGUUGUUGAUGGGGACAAAGUGCUCUUGACGGCUUUUCGGCAUGCUGUGAUCCCCCCACCUCUUUGUACGUACCAGCUGCAGCUUCCCUGUGCUGUCGAUCAAGUGGCCUUCCCUAUGGAGCCUUCUAGAUGCGGCGAUCUUGCUGUCCUAGAUGUGAGCCACAGGCUCUCUGUUUAUAGAUCCAAUGGUUGUGCCGAUAAAGACCCUGCUACAGAGAAGAAUGACACCAUGAGUGGAAGUGGAUUUAAAGACCCCAUCAGAGUCCCUCAGCUGGAAAAGUCCUACAGAAUCAACCCCAGUGACAAGGAAGAGAGAAAUCCACUGUGGCUGAGCCAUCUCACCUGGGUGCAAGAUGCCUUGUUCCUUGCUGUUAGCCAGGGGCAUCGCCCGGCUCAUACACGCAUUCACCAUCUGAAGCUAUCCUCAGCAGAAGAAGCAUCUAUUGAUAUCAGCUCACUUGUGACUGUGAGUGGGGACAUCAUUGGCCUGUGUUGCAACCCAAAGACCAAGGUGGUGGCUCUGCAGCUCUCCGAUGGUCAAGUGUUGAAGUACCUCUGGGCAUCUGAAACACCAGCUGUUGUUCCUUGGCUCAGCAGCAGUGGCCUGGCUGUCCGCUUUCCCUCUCCGUGUGUGCAGAUCGCUCAGGCUGUGAUUGUCGGACAAGAAACUAUCUUUGGCCUGACUGACAGAUGCCGCUUUUUCAUUAAUGACGUCAAGGCUGCUUCAAAUGUCACAUCUUUCAUCAUUCAUGAUGAGUUUCUGUUGGUGACCACCCAUUCUCACACCUGUCGGUGUUUGCCUCUGAGGAACACAUCCCUGAAAGCUCUGCAAGCAGCUUUGGGCAGUGCAUCCGUCCCUGACAGCGAGACCCUGCGCAAGAUAGAGAGAGGAUCCCGGAUAGUCACGACUGUGCCACAGGAUACCAAGCUAAUAUUGCAGGUACCAAGAGGAAACUUGGAAACGAUUCAUCAUCGGGCUCUUGUCUUGGCCCAAGUUCGGAAAUGGCUGGACAGGAUUCAGUUUAAAGAAGCUUUUGAAUGUAUGAGGAAGCUGCGAAUCAAUCUAAAUCUCCUUUAUGACCACAAUCCAAAGGUUUUCCUGGACAACGUGGAAACAUUCAUCAAACAGAUAGAGUCCGUGAAUUAUAUCAACCUGUUUCUCACAGAGUUGAAAGAAGAAGACAUCACGAAGACUAUGUACCCACCUCUAGAGCCCAGCAGCGCCCCCGAGCAGCUUCGUUCCGAUUGUAAAAAAGUCAACAUCAUCUGUGAUACAAUGAGAACAGCCAUGGAGAACGUCAAUGCUUCUAAAUACUGUUUAUCCAUACUGACCUCACAUGUGAAAAAGAGCCCUCCGGAAUUGGAAAUUGCUCUGCAGAGGAUUCGUGAGCUUCGAGAGCGGGCGCCUGCAAAUGGUGGAUUCACCAGUGUGGAAGAGGCGUUGAAGUACCUGUUGUACCUGGUGGAUGUUGGUGAAUUGUACGAUCAUUCUCUGGGGACGUACGACUUUGAUUUAGUUGUCAUGGUAGCUGAGAAGUCUCAAAAGGAUCCUAAGGAAUAUCUCCCAUUUUUAAACCAACUAAAGAAAAUGGAAAGUAAUUACCAGAGAUACUGUAUAGACAAACAUUUAAAGAGAUACCCGAAGGCUCUUGGUCACCUCAGUAAAUGUGGGGCGGAGCAUUUCCCAGAGUUCCUGAACUUGGUGAAGGACCAGAGUUUAUAUAAGGAAGCCCUGAAGCUGUACCUGCCGGACACUCAGGAGUACAAGACCCUCAGUGAUGCCUACGGAGAGUAUUUGAUCGAGAAGCACCUCCCUGAAGAAGCGGGGCUGAUCUUCUUCCGCUGCGGUGCGUUUCAGAAAGCGCUGGGUGCCUAUCUGAUCAGUGGGAACUGGAAGCAGGCCCUCUGUACGGCAGCUGCGCUUCAUUACACAGAAGAUCAGCUGGCUGGUCUGGCAAGGAACCUAGCAGGGAAAUGUAUUGAGAAAAGAAAGUUUGGUGACGCAGCAGUACUCCUGGAACAAUACGCCAAGGAUUACGAAGAAGCCGUUCUCAUCCUCUUGGAAGGGGCUGCCUGGGAGGAAGCUUUGAGAUUAAUUUACCGAUACAACAGAACUGACAUUGUGGAGACCAACGUCAAGCCAUCUCUGCUAGAAGCCCAAAUAAAUCAUUUGGAGUUCUUGGAGGCUCAGAAGGUGGCAUUUUCUCACCACCAGAAGCGCCUUUCCGUGGUCCGGAAGCUGAAGGAGCAAGCCCAAAACGAACAGCAGGACCUGGAAGCCCCGCACUGCCCCGAGUCAGACCUCUUUUCUGAUGCCAGCAGCGUGGUGACGACUGCCAGCGAAGCAAGUUCCAAGUAUUCCCACAGUAACUCAAGAAUAUCUGCACGUUCUUCAAAAAACCGUCGCAAGGCGGAACGCAAGAAGCACAGCCUGAAGGAAGGGAGCCCCCUGGAAGACGUUGCCCUUUUGGAGGCUUUAGGGGAAGUCGUCCGGAGUGUCGACAGUCUAAAAGGUGAGGUGCACAGCCUUCUGAAGUAUUUAGUUCUCUUUGGCUAUGAUGGACACGCCCAGGAAUUGCAGCAAUCCUUUCAGGAAACCCUUCACUUGUUGGAGCACUCCUUCCCUGAAAUUUGGAGUUCAGAUGUGCAAGUGUUCCCAGCUAAUCCAGUUUUGGGCCCCGACUCAACGGCCAAUAGCAUUACAGCUGUUUACAACCAACAGAAGUGGGUGGCUCCUGCAGUACAAGAGCCUGAAUUAUUUGUACCUCCCAAACUCAACAAAAACAUCCAGUGGAAACUGAACCUUCUGCAGUAAUCCCAGCUCCACAGCUCUUGGUAAACUUGACUGUAUUUAAGCGUGUCACCAACACACACAUGCAGCAAUCGGUCAUGUGUGCUGAAGUGGUUAACAGCAGGACAGAGAAAAGCAAGUGGAUGUUUCUUUCAGGAUAUCUGACGGCGGACUUCCUCCUAAUCAUCGCUCCACUGCACUGUUUGGUUGUAUUCCCGGGAUACGCAGGUGCAGCUCUUCAGCUUAAGCUCAGCAAGCUAAACCAGCCGUUUCGGUUCCUUGAUAUUGUUUCAUUAUGUUGUCCCAGUAUGCAUUGUGGAUACUUGGUCCCUUUUUUUUUCAGGCUGAAAAUACAAUUCAAAAAAAUAUUAAAACAGGUCUACCAAAUUAAUAGCACUUAA